UAGAUGAUCUAGCGUACUCUGGGGACCGAUUUAUUCAUUAAGAAGUAUUCACAGUUGCCUUUUCUUUUCCCCCGUUGACUCUUGGAUGUACAAUGUCCGAGUUUCAGGAUCUUUCAGUUUUUCCCGAGGAGGUCCAGCAGCUUUCAGUGAAAAAAGAAGAGGUUCUUCCUGAGCAGCAGGAGAGGAACUCCACUCUGAAACUGGAGGUUACCAAACCUCCGCUUAUCAAAGAGGAACCAGAGGAACUGUGGAGCAAUCAGAGGGGAGAUCAGCUUCAAGGAACAGAGGAUGAUGAUAUCAUCAAGUUCACUUAUUUUCCUGUUACUCUGAAGAGUGAAGAUGAUGAAGAGAAACCUCAGCCUUCCCAGCUUCAUCACAGACAAAGUGAAGAAAUGGGAACAGCAGCUGACAGAGGGGACUGUGGAGGCACAGAAACAGCCAAAUACUUUGAUCCAGAGACAGAUUUACAACCUGAGAUUGAGGUCAAGAUUGAAGACUCUUCUGACCCUGAGACUGAUGACAGUGUUGACUGGAUGGAGACAACAGAACAUCAGUCAGGUUCAAACUCAAGUGAAAACAAUAAAGAUAAGAAAAGAAAGACUUUUAAGAAGCUACAUAGCUGCUCUGAAUGUGGAAAAGCAUUUAAACAAAAAGGUCAUCUUAGAGAUCAUAUGAGAAUUCACACUGGCGAUAAACCCUUCAAAUGUUCUGAAUGUGGAAAAAGUUUUAACCAACAAAGUAAUUUGAAAACACACAUGGUAAUUCAUACCAAAGAAAAGCAAUUUCCCUGCUCAGAAAGUGAUGAAAAUUGUAGUCAAAAGGGUUCUGUGACUACACAAAUUCAGAAAGAAGAGAAACCCUAUGUCUGCUCUGAAUGUGGCAAAAGUUUUCACAAAAACAGAAAUUUGUCCAGGCAUAUGUUGGGUCACAAUAGGGAGAAAUUUUUCAGCUGCUCUGAUUGCGGUAAAACUUUUAGCCAGAAAGCUCAUAUGACUACACACAUGAGAAUUCACACAGGAGAGAAACCGUUUUUUUGCUUUGAAUGUGGCAAGAGAUUCAACCGACAAAUUAGUAUGACUAGACACAUGGUAGUUCAUACAAGAGAAAAACCAUUCACCUGCUCCGAAUGUGAUAAAACAUUUAGCCUUAAAUGUAAUCUCUCAAAACACAUGAAAAUUCACACAGGGGAGAAACCCUUCAUCUGCCCAGAGUGUGGUCGAGGAUUUCACCAAAAGAUUGGUAUGACUUAUCACAUGGCAGUUCAUACUAGAGAAAAACCAUUUACCUGCUCUGAGUGUGGAAAAACAUUUAGUCUUGAAGGUAACAUGAAACAACACAUGAGAAUUCACAAGGGAGAGAAACUCUUCAGCUGUACUGAGUGUGGUAAAAGAUUUAACUUUAAGUCUUGUUUGACACUUCACAUGUCCCAUCACACAGGAGAGAAACCCUUUGGCUGCUCUGAAUGUGGCAAAAGAUUUAACAGAAAGUCGUAUCUGACAUAUCACAUGGCCCAUCACACAGGGGAGAAACCCUUCGACUGCUCUGAGUGUGGUAAAAGAUUUAACAGGAAGUCUUACCUGACACUUCACAUGGCAAGUCACACGGGAGAGAAACCCCAUAACUGCACUGUCUGUGGCCAAGGGUUUAUGUGGCCAUAUCAGUUAAGAACUCACAAGUGUCUUGGCAUUCAGGCGUCAGAGCCUCUUCAAGACCAACCUGAAGAGAAAAGACAGGUAGAAACAGGACCUGAUGGAGAGGACUGUGAAGGAUCAGAGCCAACCAUGGACUCAGAUCCAGAAGAACACUUACAAUCAGAGACUGAGAUCAAGACAGGACAAUUUUCUGAACUUGAAAUCAAAGUUUGUGAUGAUGAUUGGACAGAGACCUGAGGACUGAAGAAUUUAUACAUUUUGUUUCGUGAUUUGAGGUGUAGCACUGUUGAAAUACAAUUUUGACUUAAACAAUACUUUCCACUUGAAUUCUCUCAUAAGAGACUUAAAAGCUAUCACAGAAAGAAACCACUGGCAGAUGAAAAUCUUCAUUUUUAAUGCUGAUGGUUGCAUAUUGUUUUAUACAUCUUUACUUUUUUUUUAACUGCUGCCU